CAUAAAAAACUUUCCUUACCCUACUUUUUUGGUGUUUUCAUCACUUCAUUGGUGUAUAUAAAAACAAACCCAAAUGCUCAUUUCUUUUGCAAAAUCCCAAAACACACCAAAUAGAUGAAUGAGAGUUUCUUAAGACAAGAACAUGAUGAUCAUCAUCAUCUUCUUGAUUGUCCUAUGAAGAUCGAAGAAACCAAGAAACCCUUAAUUAAGGUAAGGUUGUAAUUAGUGGGGUGUGAUCUUAAUUGAUUAAUGGAGGUGGAGAAGAAGAACAAGAACAAGAACAUUUGGGGAAGUGUUUUGGGGAAGAUUAAAGUGGGUGAAAAAGAAGGGAGUGAUCCAUUUUUGUGGGCAAUUCAAGUGUCCUCCAACCUCACUUCUCUUGGGAUUUCUUUGCCAUGUCUUGAAUUGGGUCAUCAUUUGGUAUCCCACAUUUGUUGGGACAACAUUAAUGAUCCAAUUUCUUGGAAGUUCUUGGAGAAAGCUAUGGCUCUCAAGAUUGUCCCACCCCUCCUUGUUCUUGCCCUCCUCUCCACCAAGAUAAUGCCCCGACGGCGAUCGUUCCCGGCGGCGUAUAGACUUUACAUGGAGCUUCUAAAACGACAUGCUUUCUCAUUGAAAGAGUAUAUUCAAUUGCCAAACUAUUACAAAACCAUGGAUGCUUUAGAUCAAGUUCUCCAAUUGUCCCAAAAAUUCAACAUAGAAUGUAAUGAGGCUGGAGCAAAGCUGGUUAUGUAUGUCUUCUCCAUCAUUUGGCAGCUGCUCGACGCCAUACUCGACGAUGAAGGACUCUCCGGCGAUGGCGUCGACCCUAAAUGGCCCGUCAAAUUCGAAGAAGACGACAAUGUCUUCGACGAGACAAGAAAACAAUACGGCGAGAAAAUGCAGGCUGCCAAUACUUCCAUCGCCGUAGACUUAUUGUCGCAAUUCUUACAGGACAAAGUCGCCGCCGGAAUUCUUUACCUCGCCCGCAAAACCAUGUCCAAACAAUGGGAAAGCUUCAUCGAUCGCCUGCGGAUUCUCGUCGAAAAGUCGCCGUCUUUGAGGAACUCGAAAUCGACGUCACCGGAGGCGCUUGCGGAGUUGAUAUCGAAGCGUCGGAAGAUCGAUUUGCAAUCGAAGUUCGAUCGGGUGUCGCAAUCCGGGCCUCUCGUAAGCUCCGCCGCACUCUGCGUCGGCACGAGUCGAUCGACGCUUUGGCUACCUCUCGACAUGCUGCUCGAAGACGCAAUGGACGGCGCGCAAGUUAGCGCGACAAGCGCCGUCGAAAUCAUCACCGGCUUAGUGAAGUCUCUUCAAGCGAUUAAUGCGACGUCGUGGCACGAAGUCUUUCUCGGGCUAUGGAUGUCGUCGCUACGCCUCGUUCAAAGGGAGCGAGAUCCGAUCGAGGGACCGGUGCCGCGCCUCGACACUCGAAUGAGCAUGUUGAUGUCAAUCACGACUCUAGUGAUCGGCGAUCUUAUAGAGGAAGAGGAAUCCAACGGUGCAAACGAAUUCGACUCGGAGAACGAUCGAUCGCUCCGGAAAAGGCGUAAAGAUUUGAUCUUUAGCCUCCAAAAUCUUCGCGAUUAUCAGACGUUGCUGGCACCGCCUCGCUCAGUCGUUCCCGCUGCCAAUCGAGCUGCGACGAAAGCCAUGAUGUUCGUAUCGGGUUUCAAUGUCGGAGGCGGGCAGUUCGAGUGCAUCACCGCGACGGAUAUGCCAAUUACCUGCUCCGGAAGUCUGUACCAUUUAAUCGUCGAGGCUUGCAUCGCAAGGAACCUAUUGGACACGUCGGCGUAUUUCUGGCCCGGUUAUGUUGAUGGCCGCAUCAACCAGCUGCCUCAUAAUGUCCCGAGCCAAGUCCCCGGCUGGUCGUCGUUCAUGAACGGCGCAGCUCUAACUCCGACGCUGAUCGACGCUUUAGUCUCGACUCCGGCUUCGUGCUUUGCAGAGAUUGAGAAAGUCUUUAAGAUUGCAGUCGAAGGACCCGAGGAAGAAAGAAUACCUCCCGCGACAAUUCUCUGCGGCGCUUCUCUCCUUCACGGCUGGAACAUUCAGGAACACACUCUUUAUUUCAUAACCAGAUUGCUGUCGCCGCCAAUUCCGGCGAACGAUUUAUCGAACGAAAGCUAUUUGAUAAGCUACGCUCCGAUGCUCAACGUUCUCCUCGUCGGAAUUUCGCCCGUUGAUUGUGUCCAAAUCUUCUCCCUCCACGGUUUGGUUCCGGAGCUCGCGAGCUCGUUAAUGACGUUGUGCGAGGUCUUCGGGUCAUGCGUUCCGAACAUUUCCUGGACAAUGACGACUGGAGAAGAAAUUUCAGUGCACGCCGUGUUUUCGAACGCUUUCGCGCUUCUUUUGAAAUUAUGGAGAUUUAAUCAUCCUCCGAUCGAAUAUGGCGUCGGCGACGUACCUCCGGUGGGAUCGCAGCUCACUCCUGAGUACCUUUUGCUCGUUCGUAAUUCUCAUCUCGUUUCGUCGGGGAUUUCGCUGAAAGACCCGAAUCGAAGGAGGCUCGCCCAGGUUGCAAGUUCGAUGUCGUCGAAACCGAUAUUCGUCGACUCGUUCCCGAAGCUCAAAGUGUGGUAUCGACAGCAUCUAGCCUGUAUCGCUUCGCCUCUCACCGGACUCGUAAACGGGUCGCCGGUGCAUCAUACCGUCGACACCCUGCUUAACAUGAUGUUUAGAAAAAUCAAUCGAGUAAGCCAAUCGGUUAUUACCGUUACGUCGGGAAGUAGUAGCUCGUCGGGAGCUGUAAGCGACGACGGUUACCUAAGACCCAAGUUGCCGGCUUGGGACAUCCUCGAAGCCGUCCCGUUUGUCGCCGACGCUGCGUUAACUGCUUGCGCUCACGGGAGAUUGUCGCCGCGCGAACUUUGCACCGGGCUGAAAGAUUUGGCGGAUUAUCUCCCGGCGACACUGGCGACAAUCGUGAGUUAUUUCUCGGCUGAAGUCACCCGGGGCGUGUGGAAGUCGGUGUACAUGAACGGAACCGACUGGCCGAGCCCAGCGGCGAAUCUCUCGAACGUCGAAGAACAGAUAAAGAAGAUCUUGGCGACGACCGGCGUCGAUGUGCCGAGUCUUGCUGCAGGAGGGAGUUCGCCGGCAUCGUUGCCGUUGCCGUUGGCGGCGUUUGUGAGCCUCACGAUUACGUACAAGCUCGACAAUGCGUCGCAACGGUUUCUCGAUCUCGCCGGCCCGGCGUUGGAAUCGCUCGCAGCCGGGUGCCCGUGGCCGUGCAUGCCGAUCGUCGCGUCGCUGUGGACGCAAAAGGCGAAGCGAUGGAGCGAUUUUCUCGUCUUCUCGGCGUCCCGUACUGUUUUCCUUCACAGCAACGACGCCGUCGUGCAGCUUCUGAGGACUUGCUUUAGCGCCGCGCUCGGAACGAACGUCGCCUGCAUAUCGAGCAACGGUGGCGUCGGAGCGCUUCUGGGUCAUGGGUUCGGAUCGCAUUUCAAUGGCGGGAUCUCGCCCGUGGCGCCGGGGAUUCUGUACCUGCGAGUUUACCGAUCGAUUAGGGACAUUAUGUUCUUGAGAGAGGAGAUAAUAUCAUUGCUGAUGCAAACCGUCGAAGAGGUCGCGCAGGGAGCGUUGUCGAGCGAGCGGCCGAAGUUCGAGUCGAGGCUGUCGAAAAGCGGGAUGAAACACCGUCACGCAUCGCUCGCCGCAGCUCUAACGAAGGUGAAACUCGCGGCGUCGUUUGGAGCUUCGGUGAUCGUCCUCACCGGUGGGCUCGGGCUGGUGCAGUCGUUGAUUAAGGAGAUGCUCCCGUCGUGGUUCAUGUCAAUUCACCGCUCGAAACGGGAUGGCGACAGAGGCGGGACGCUGCCGAUGCUGAGAGGGCACGCGCUGGCGUACUUAGCGGCGUUUUGUGGGGCUUUUAUUUGGGGCGUCGACGCAUCUUCGUCGUCGACCGCAGCUUCGAAGCGACGGCCGAAGAUUCUCGGGUACCAUAUGGAGUUCUUGGCGAGCGCUCUCGACGGGAAGAUUUCGCUCGGCUGCGACCCGACUACCUGGCAUGCGUACGUCUCCGGGUUCCUGAGCUUGAUGGUUCGAUUCACGCCGACGUGGGUUCUCGAGCUGAACAUCGAUUUGUUGAGACGACUCUCCGGCGGACUGCGGCGGUGGAACGAGGACGAGCUGGCGCUCGCGCUGCUCGCCGGCGGCGGCGUCGCCGCCAUGGGCUCGGCUGCGCAGCUAGUUGUGGAAACUCAGCUUCUGUAAUUCAUCUCAAGAUUAGCGUUUUAGAUCAAAUCAGCUAUGAGUGUAUGUAUAGAAUGUGUAGUUAUAUAUAUAUAUAUAUAUAUAUAUAUGACGACGAUUAGAAUGCAGACUAGCUAAGGAAGACAACAAUGGAGGAAGGCAAAACUUAAGGUUAUCAAAGAAACGAUCGUUAAAUUUGAAUAGUUGUUUGAUGUGAUAUAAAUAAAUUUUCUGAUAAAACUAAGUCAAAC